AUGGCGGUGGACAAAAACCGGCUUGAGGAAGAAGCCUGCGUUCUCCGCUUCUACAAAAUUGUCCUUAGCUGGGAUUACCUUCGUCUACUCAAGGAAUCCAAUAAGAAGAAUUUCAAUAAAAAGAUUGGGGACGGGAGUGCUCUGGGAUUGAAGGAAGUGAAGAGUUCGUACAAAGAUGUUGAUGAUUAUCUCUCAACGUUUGAGCCCCUGCUUUUCGAAGAAGUCAAAGCUCAGAUUGUCCAGGGAAAAGAGGAGGAAGACGAAACCGAAUGGCAACAAGCAAUUAUAGCAGAAUGCAGCGAAGUCAAUGAUUUUUAUUUACCUAUGGUUAUAUGUUCAGACUCAAAAUCCAUAUCACAGAAUGAUCUAUUGCUGCUUUCUAAUAAGAAGAUUGGUGAGGGUAAAGUACUCCCGACUGCAUAUGCUUUUGCACUAGUUGAGCAUUGUCAACAUGAUAAAAUAAAACUUCGGCUGAAUUUAAGUGGAGAACUCAAAGGAUUAAGUACAGAUGAUGUUCAAACUUCUUCAAGGCUGUUGAACAUGCGCCCUCUUGUGAGUGAAGUUCAGAAAUACUUGUACAUUCUGAAGAUUUGCAGCUUAUCAACUAUAGUCCGUGAAUAUGUUGCGAUGCGGUCAGUUAGCUCCCUCCCAUUUAAGGAUUUGAUUUUAACUGCGGCUGAGAGCAAUUAUACUACUGAAGAUCAAGCCUGGAAAAUAUCUAAACCCCUAACAGCAUUUAUUGAAGGCAAUCACAACAAAUCGCAGCUAGAGGCCAUACAGGCCGGUCUUUCACGUAAAACCUUUGUUUUGAUACAGGGCCCCCCAGGAACGGGAAAAACACAAACUAUCCUUGGGCUCCUCAGUGCCAUUUUGCAUGCUACUCCAGCUAGAGUAUCAAACAAGGGCAAAAUGACUGAAGUAAAACGUGGGCCAGAAUUACCUAUCCGUGAAAAAUACAAUCACUGGGAAAGAGCUUCUCCAUGGUUGAUUGGUAUGAAUCCUCGAGACGCAUUGAUGCCUAUAAAUGGUGAUGAUGGAUUCUUCCCGACAUCGGGCAAUGACUUGAAACCAGAAGUGGUUAACUCCAGUCGGAAAUAUCGCGUUCGUGUUCUAGUAUGUGCCCCAUCAAAUUCUGCUCUCGACGAGAUUGUGCUGCGUCUCCUAAACACUGGCAUUCGUGAUGAAAAUGAUCAUGCAUACAAUCCUAAAAUAGUGCGUAUUGGUCUUAAACCUCACCAUUCUGUCCAAGCGGUCUCCAUGGAUUACUUGGUAGAACAAAAACUUGCUGGUAUGGACUCUCAAACUGGUGACAAGCAAAAGCAAGGGGGUUCAGCGAAGGAUAAAGACAGUAUUCGUGCUUCUAUACUGGAUGAAGCAGUGAUUGUGCUCUCCACACUUAGCUUUAGUGGUUCAGCUCUCUUCAGUAAAUUAAAUCGUGGUUUUGAUGUGGUCAUAAUCGAUGAAGCUGCUCAAGCUGUGGAACCAGCAACACUCAUUCCAUUGGCCAAUGGAUGCAAACAAGUAUUCCUGGUGGGGGAUCCAGUGCAGUUGCCAGCUACUGUAAUCUCCCCUAUUGCAGAAAAAUUUGGAUAUGGCAUGAGCUUAUUUAAAAGAUUCCAGAAAGCUGGCUAUCCAGUUCAGAUGCUGAAGACCCAAUAUCGCAUGCAUCCAGAGAUUAGAAGCUUUCCUUCGAGGGAAUUUUAUGAUGAGGCACUGGAAGAUGGACCUGACGUCCAAGACCAGACAAAGCGCUCAUGGCAUGAAUUUCGAUGCUUCGGACCAUUUUGCUUUUUUGACAUUCAUGAUGGAAAUGAGUCCCAACCAUCGGGACAUGGCUCUUGGGUAAACGUUGAUGAGGUUGAGUUUGUCCUCUCUUUAUAUAGUAAAUUGGUGAGCAGAUAUCCAGAACUAAAGUCCAGUUCCCGACUCGCAAUAAUAUCCCCAUAUAGACAUCAAGUCAAGCUUCUCAGAGAAAAUUUUCGUAACACUUUCGGCGUGGAGUCGGAUAAAGUAGUAGAUAUCAACACUGUUGAUGGAUUUCAGGGACGCGAAAAAGAUGUUGCUAUCUUUUCAUGUGUUCGGGCUAGUAAAGAUAAAGGCAUUGGAUUUGUUGCUGAUUUUCGCCGAAUGAAUGUUGGUAUAACUAGAGCCAGAUCAUCUGUCCUGGUUGUCGGUUCUGCAUCCACAUUGAAAAGAGACGACCAUUGGAAGAACCUGGUUGAAAGUGCAGAACAGAGAAAUGUACUGAUCAAGGUUGCAAAGCCCUACAAUGAAUUUUUCAGUGAGUCAAAUCUCAAAUCAAUGGAAGUAAAGGAAUCCAUGGAAGGACUCGAGGCCCCUCAUGAUGAUAUGGAAGUGGAUGUGCCCGUUGAUGGAUUUGCUAGCAAUGCUGACGCGGCACUACCAGAGGAUAAUGAUUGGGGAGAUGCCGGAGAAGGAGAGGGUUUUGAUGUUGGCUUUGACGAGGACUAA